AUGCGUCGUGUCCAGAUCUUCUCGGGAACAUCCAACCCGGCUCUCUGCGAUGCCAUCUGCGAAAGACUGGGUCGGGCCCCGUCCAAAGUCGAGCUGAAAAAGUUCGCCAAUGGCGAGACCAGCGUGCAAGUUGGAUGCUCGAUUAGAGAGCAGGACGUUUUCAUUGUCCAGGGUGGAGGGGCAAAGGUCAACGAUGCCAUCAUGGAGACCUUGAUCUUGAUAUCUGCCUGUAAAGGCGGUUCGGCGAACAAAGUCACUGCUGUGUUACCAUACUUUCCUUACUCGAAACAGUCCAAAAAGAAGUCUCAUAGGGGAGCCAUAACCGCAAGAAUGCUUGCGAAUUUGUUGACUGUUGCUGGUGUGGAUCAUGUUAUCACGGUGGACUUACAUGCGUCUCAGAUGAAAGGUUUCUUCUCCAGGCCCGUAGACAAUCUUUCUGCGGAACCAAUCUUUGCCAAAUGGAUCAGACAAAACGUUCCUAAUUGGAGGGAGGCGGUGGUCGUAUCCAAAAAUCCGGGAGGCACGAAGAGGGUGACAUCGCUCGCCGAUGCCCUUAAACUUAACUUUGCCCUGAUCACAACAGACAAGCGUCGAGCAAUCCACGACUCCGCCUUACAGUCUAGAAGACAUUCACCGGCCCACUCAGAUCAUGGGAACAACACCGUUGAUACUGGGAAUAAUGAAAAAGCCAUCGAGACCCCGGAAAAUUCGUCAAAGCCUCAAUCCGAGAAGGCUAAUUCCGUCCGGGAGGGAAGCUCUGAUACUGUUCCGUUCCGGCGCCAGGGGUUGAGUUCAUAUCUCCAGCACCAACGUUCAGGGUCCUCGGAUUCGUCGCCUCGACAUAACAUGUUAGGCAUCAAUACCCACAUGGGGCAUCGUAACGUUCCACACCCAGAUUCACAUAUGUCACCUCACCAUAGCCAUCAUCACAGCCUGUCUAGCUUGUCUAGCCACCCAUUGAAGGAGCAGCAUAGCGGGAUCCCCGAAGAUGAGGAAGAGGACGCAGAAGAUACUUACAAUGAUGACCAGGUUUCUGCCGUUACCACAAGCCGUCUCGUCCAAGGUCACGUCGUUGACGACGACUACCCAUCCCCGUCAAUGACAGCUAGCGUCGUUCUCGAGAACGGCGAAGGCAACUUGGAUCAUAUGUUGUCGAGUAUUUACUCGACUACUUCGUCUGUGCUUGGCCAUGAUAGCCAUGCGCUCGGUGGUGUUGAUGCUAACGCUUCAGAUGAAGAUGACGAGCCUCAUGAUCAAAUUGAGAGGAUGAUCACGCUUGUUGGCGAAGUUAGGAAUAAAACUAUCUUCAUUGUGGACGAUAUGAUGGACCGUGCAGGCAGUUGGGUUGCAGCCGCGGAAUUGGCAGUGAAGGUGUGCGGUGCAAAGAAGGUAUACUGCAUCGCUACGCAUGGCCUCUUCGGACCAGGAACUCUGGAAGAGAUGGACGAGUGCAAGUGCAUCGAUAAGAUCGUUGUCACAAACUCCUUCCCACUGGGCGACGAUAUCUGCCGAAAAUACAAGAAGCUCAUUGUCAUUGAUCUAUCGCAUCUCUUGAGUGAGGUGAUCCGAAGAAACCAUCAUGGCGAAACAAUCUCGCCGCUUUAUAACUACUAUUGGGAUUAG